AUGUAAGAUUUCAAACAAUGGUAUUAAUCUUCAAUUAAACUUUUAUAUUCAAAUUAUUGGUUUUUAACUUCAGAAGAAUCUACAUUAGCCUUGGGCAGCGAUGAUAAAUUUGUCUGUUUGUGGAAUGUAAAGCAGAAUAACAAAAAGCUAAAUUGGAUGGUCAUACGAACAUCGUCUACUCUGUAUCCUUUUCUUCUGACAGUAAAACAGUGCAGAUAACUCUAUCUGUUUAAGGGAUGUUAAGACUGGAUAUUAAAAAGUCAAAUUUGAUCUUCAUAGUGAUUCAGUUUAAUCAGUCUGCUUUUCUCCUGAUUGUACUACUUUAGCAUCUGGUAGUUAUGAUAACUCUAUCCUUUUAUGGGAUAUGAAGAAAAGAUAAUUAAAAGCAAAAUUUGAAGGUCAUAAUAAGAAAAUCUAAACAGUAUGCUUCUGUCCUGAUGGUACAUUAGUAUCUGGGAGCCUUGAUAAUUCUAUCCAUUUAUGGGAUCUUAAGACUGGGCAAUAAAAAGCUAAAUUGGAAGGUCAUACCAAUGGAAUUCUGUCAGUAUGCUUCUCUACUGAUGGUACUACUGUAGCAUCUGGUAGUUGUGACAAGUUUAUUCGUUUAUGGGAUAUAAUGACCAGAAAGAAAAAGGCUAAAUUAGAAGGUAAUAAAGGUGGAAUCAACUCAAUAUGUUUCUCUCCUGAUGGUUCUACAUUAGUAUCUGGGAGCGUUGAUAAACCUAUCUGUUUAUGGAAUGUUAGAACAGCACAAAAAAAAACUAAUUUAAUGGUCAUAGUAGUUCUGUUUAUACAGUAUGUUUUUCUCCUGACGGUACAACAAAAGCAUCGGGAGCCUUGA